AUGAUGCUUAACUUUCCUCACCACUCAUUGUUCCCAGUGGUCGCAGCGGCUGUCCUGACAGCUGUUAAAGUUGGUGACAGCCAGAAGAUUGCUAAAGACCUUGAACCGUCUACCAGCCUAUCUCCGGUUUAUCCCAGCAUCAACUUCGAGGUCCUCAAUGUAGAUCAUGUGUUUUUGAGGCAAGACACUCCAGAACCAUCAUGGAACUCCAGUCUGAAGGCUCAAACUCAGACUUUUCUCAUUACAAGUCCAGGCGCUGAGCUCCUACAGCCAACAGUCAAUGCCUCAUUUGGCCCUAUAACUGUAGAUGCCCCGAUUCCUUCUGACCAGCUCCUCAGUGGGCGCAGGAUUCUGCCAGUCAUAUUGGUUCGCCAGGUUCGUUCUUCUUCUCCUAUUGUCAAGAUUCUUUUCCACAUGCCCACAGUUAGUAAUACCACUGCUGGGCAAGAAAAGACGAGAUUUGGAGAAGAUACGGAGAGUAAAAACGCCGGAGCCAAGGUAAAAGAUGGAGCUUACUGUGUCACGGCUUACGCUUUCUGGGACACGAGGGAAGUUCGUGGGGCGUGCCUGGUGCCUCCAGGUGGAUUCUGUGUGGCACAGCUCAAGCCAGAGCCUUCCUGGUUCAGCUCAAGCAGCCGAUCAGGCAGCUCCAGCAGGGAAGCAGGAAGAAAUGAAGGAAUUAAUGUGCUCCAGGGGAACAUUGUGGAGGUUUACUUCCAGAGUCGGAGAGAUCAGACUGGUCAGUGUACCCCACAGGAUAGUCUGCAGCGUGUAGGAGUGGGAAGAGGUAGAGAUUCAGGGAGAUCUGGCACACCCAUGAGGCGGAUUGGAAGUGUUAAUCUUCUCAGGACACCACCAGGGAACCCAACCUUUCUUCGACUGAGGCUUGGAGGUGCAGUGGUGAUCCAGACAUCCUCCAAACCCCUGAAGACCACAGACGUUGCAACUUUCUAUGUCUUCCUGGCUAGCACAUCUACCUUGGAAAGCUUCAAUCUCAGGGCAACAGUAAAAACAGGCCUGUCAUUCAGUGCAGCGCGACCCAGUGACUCUACGCUGUGGGACAUCGUUGUGGAGCCUGGCAGAGGAGCGACUCCCAACACUGUGUCUGUUUUCUGCCAGAGGAAGCUCGCUGUCACUGCAAAGAGGGGUCUCCUGGAAGUUUUGCAACUGGACUUUGUUCCAAAAGAUGUUUCUGAGCAGAUUGAGAGUCAGAUUAUCUCCUGGCGUCUGGAGAUGCCGGGGAACAUCAGAGAUGUGGGAACGAUACGCAUCUACACGACUCAGAAAGACUACGUGGGGCUGGCACCAAUGGUUAUGAACUCUGAUAUCUUGAACACUGCGGUGCUGACGGGUAAAAUGGUGUCUGUCCCUGUGAAAACUCUCGCUGUAGAGGCCGAUGGCUCCGUCACUGAUGUCAGUAAUUACACCACCUGCAAGUCUACAGAGGAGGAUGUACUGCAGGUUUCAGAGCGCUGUGAUUACAUCUUUGUUAACGGGAUGGAAAAAAAGGGCAGGAGCAAGGUGAUGCUUAACUUCACUUACGGAUUUCUAAGUGCCCAGCUGGAGAUGAGUGUGUGGAUGCCGCGCCUGCCCCUGCUCAUGGAUGUUGCAGAUCCUGAGCUGAGCCAGAUAAAGGGCUGGAGGGUCCCUAUUACUACAGGAAACAGGAGAUCCACGUGGGACAGUGAAGAGGAGGAGGACAUGAGGAAGGGCAGGGGCUGCAUGCUGCAGUACCAGUACUCUACCCUCCGGGUGCAAACACAGUUUAUCGCCCAUGUUGACAACGAUGGGCUGCCGGACCCGCUAACUCUGAUGGAGCCUGUUGAGUACUUCAUGGGUCCUGAUUGGAAGGUGGAUGUCACCAACCUUGUCCGUAGCGCACUGAAAGUAGCAGAUCCUGAAGUAGCCCGAGUGCAGGAUGGGAUGGUGCUGCAGGGACGGGCUGUGGGUACCACUGCUGUACAGGUGGUGUCCCCUCUGACGUCUUUGGUCCUGGCGGAGAGGAGCAUCACGGUGGUGGAUGAUAAAGUAAGUGUGACAGAGCUUGGGGUGCAGUUGGUGUCCGGACUCUCUCUGUCCCUGCAGCUCAGCCCGGGGAGCAACAAGGCCAUUGUUGCUACGGCAACCACACGGGAGACGAUCACGCAGCUGAAACAGGAAGCUGUAGUGACCUGCUGGAUUCAGUUCAGCGAUGGCACAGUCACCCCUCUGGAGCUGUUUGACCGCAGCAUCUACUCUCUGACAGUCUCUACACCAGAUGAAGCUGUGGCCACAGUGCGACGCACCCCACGGUCCACAUUUGUAGUUGCACAGGGUGAAGGUGAUGGGAAAGGGGCGGUGGUUCGAGUGGAGCUGAGGAUCUGUGAGGAAUGCCAGAAGUCCAAGAGGAAGAGUAAGUUAGCAGUGGGCACUGGUCUCCUCAGCAUCAACUUCCAGGGUGCCAGCAGAGUCAUAGCAGCUGGAGGUUUUGAUGGAAAUAAAGGCUCUUAUGGAGGCGGAUCAGAAAUGGUUGAGCUUAGAACUACAGGGACAACACAGCGUGCAAUGACAGGAAUGGAUAAAUGGCUAUUCAGAGGCACAGCACCAGCUCAGCAAGGAAACACCCUAACAGAAACGACCACCACUACAUCAGUCAGAAAUAUGCCACCACAUGUUGUGUGGAUUGGAACUACAACCAGAGCAUCAAGAAGUAGCACAUUUUCUGUCAGUCCGUCAAGUACAACAACCAGACCAAGUUUAAAUGCACCUCAAGGCACAGCCAGACCCAUAUUUCCAACAAUGGGGGUAGUCAGUGGAGGAGAAGGGCAGAGGAAAAGCUUUGGGAACAUGUUCGACAGCCCCAGUUCACCUUCCAACAAUGACAUUUCAAGAAAAGAGCCUCCUAAACCAAGAAGUCCAAAAGUAAUUGAGAGUGACCUGAUCAGGACAUUCAAGGCCAUGUCAGACUUGGAAAUCUGCUUGUAUGCUCUGGUGGGGGUCUCCUGCAUAGCAAUCUUGGCAUUUUUACUCAACUGUGCUUCAUAUAACCUCUGUUUCCGCAACAACAAGUCCCCUAUCCAGGCUGGUCCAGUCCCAAUGGGGGUUCCGAAGGAUCACAAGCAUGACUGGGUGUGGCUGGGAAGCACCAACCAAAGCAACCCUCAUCCUCCAGGCCCUCCACCUCAGGUUUCGACGCUAAAACGUGAACCACAUCGACCCCUGGAGCCGCGCCAUUCCGUGGACUCCGGUGGCCACAAGACCCUGCCCACUGUGAGUACUACCAAUGUCCCUGAAAGAACUGCCACCCUAGGGCGCAGCAGGUCCAGCUCACAGCAGCAGCAGAUAAAACCAAUCGACCCGAUGGCCAAUCGUUCAGCUACCUUGCUGGCUAGGCCUCAUCGCUGUGAGCCGCUUCAUUCCCCAACAAGUAAGCGAAACCAGGUCCAGUUCACCACCUUCACCACACUGGACAUCAAGCACUUGGCUGCACUAAAGAAGAAUGGCGUGGAAUUGAACUGGGCCAAUCAGCAGGCGCAGCAAGUUCAGGCCCCUGUGGAGCCCCACACACCUUUGCCUGACAUGCCGUGGCCUGUCGUUAAGCCACUCGGAGAGCCUCAGUAGUU